AUGCUUUCCCGCUCACUCCGGCGUCACGGCACUGCCGAAGUGGUCGCGGCCAUCAAAGCAGGGAGGCAUACGGAAGCGCUGCUGCAGCUGAAUGCAAAGAAACGUGCGCGGCAGCAUGAAGAAAACGUGGAUUACGGCCGUGCACUAUGUUUCCUUGCGGGCGCCGGGGAUGCGUUGCACGCACGACAGGCCCUUCUGGAGGAAUUGCGCCACUUUCCUGACAAUGGCCCCGCUCGCAUGCUCCUCUAUGAGGUGAACGGCAAGGUUCGUCCACUCCUCCUUCCCCCCGAAGAAGUGAUGAAGGACGAGCCGCUUUUCGGCUUACUGUGUGAUGCUCUCUUGGAUCACACAAUGCUUUCAUGGACACGACUCUACAGUUUGUACAAUCUUGCCAGAGAGAUUUGCUCUAGCAAGUGCAGUCAAGGUGGUGUUUUGAUGGAGUGUGGUGUUGCUGGAGGAGGUUCAGCUGUGCUUCUUGCUGUUGUAGCAGCGCAUUGCAGUGAUUUCCCACGAAGAGUGUACGCUCUAGACACAUUCGACGGCAUGCCAGAUCCCACAACGUCGGAUGUUUUGGAUAACAGUGGCAUUCCAGCGGAGUCAACGUCGUGGGGAUCUGGGACGUGUAGUGCGUUACAGGAUAACGUUCGACGUCUUGCCAAAAACUUUGAUGUGGAUGAACGGCUGGUGAUUGUUCCAGGAAUGUUUCAAAGGACGUUGCCGGACGUUCUAAAAGAUAUCGGUGAGGAGGGCAUCGCGAUGCUGCACGUGGAUGCGGACUGGUACGAAUCAACGAAGUCUGUGUUGGACCUCGCGUGGCCGGGUGUGCGCAGGGGCGGUGUGGUGCAGGUGGAUGACUACUACUACUGGAGCGGGUGCCGCAAGGCGGUGGAUGAGUUCAUGCUGGAUCAGACAAAGUUGCUAACAGCGGCACUGCAGCAGUCGAUGAAGCUGCAAGCGGUUGAUGGCAACGCGGUGUAUUUCACAAGGCCGUGA